AUGAAUCUGGAAAGUGUUAGAAUGCGAGAGAUGAUGAUGUUCUUGAUUCCAUGGUCACUCCUUUACUUCUUCUUCUUCUUCUUUCGUAUGAUUAGAUCUUCGAAAGAGCUACCACUCCCACCAGGCCCAUAUGCAUGGCCAAUCGUAGGCAACCUUUUUCAAAUAGGAAAAAAUGCUCAUGUUCGUCUUGCAGAGAUGGCCCAAGUGCAUGGACCACUCAUGUCACUCCGUCUUGGUCAACAAAUCCUUAUCGUCGGAUCAUCAUCUUCUGCAGCUUCGGAAAUUCUCAGGACCCAUGAUCAUGUGCUUGCGGGUCGAGACGUACCAAGAGUGCUUCAAGGCAAGGAAUCAACCGUUCACAAUAUGAAUCUUGUCUUUACAUCAGAAACCGAUGAUUCCUGGAGGAAAAUCCGGAAUCUCUAUACAUCAAAGAUUUUUUCAAGUAAAGCUAUGGAAUCUCGUGCGGACAUGAGAGAGAAGAAAGUUAUGGAGAUGGUGAAGUACAUAGCUUCAAAAGGUGAUUCUAAUAUCGGUAUAAAAGAUGUCAUGCUUGUAACUUCCACCAACAUCAUAGGAAAUACAUCAUUAUCCAUGGAUCUUGUUGACUUUGAAGGCAAUGGAAUAGGUGCAGGGAUCAAGGACUCUGUAAGAAGACUUUCUUCCUUGGGUACACAGGCACAAUUAGCAGACUUAUAUCCGAUAUUUGGCCGAUGGGAUCUUCUUGGCUGGAAGAAGCAGGUCAUGCAGAUCAUAGAACAAGAGCUUGGACCUAUCUGGGAGGUUAUCAUCGAAAAGAAAAGAAAUGGAAGCAAUACUUCUUCGUAUUUAAAAGAUUUUACUGAUAUUUUAAUUGAAAAAGGCUGUACACAUCAACAAAUCAAUGCUUUGAUGGAGGAGCUUUUUUCGGCUGGCACUGAAUCUAUAGGAUUUACGACAGAAUGGUUUGUUGCGGAGCUUCUCAGAAACCAAGAGGUAAUGCAAAAGGCUAGGGAUGAAGUUCUGAAAACGAUUGAUGGGAAUGUAGUUAAAGAAUCAGAUUUGGUUCAUCUUCCCUUUCUCGAAGCAUGCUUCAAGGAAACCCUAAGAUUGCACCCACCAGCACCACUUCUUCUGCCUCAUAGAGCUAUGCAAACAUGUGAGGUGAUGGGAUACACUAUUCCAAAAGAUAGUCAAUUAUUGGUUAACGUCUGGGCAAUCAGUCGUGAUCCCAAGAUCUGGGAUGACCCUUCGGACUUCAAACCUGAAAGAUUCGUCGGAUCAAAGUUGAGUUAUAAAGGUAAAGACUUUGAGUACCUGCCAUUUGGUGCUGGGAGAAGAAUGUGUCCUGGAGAAGCCAUGGCUUCCAAGACGAUACUCCUAGCCGUGGCUUCAUUGAUUCUAAACUUUGACUGGUUCCUUGUGAACAACAACUUCAAUCCCGCGGACCUUAACAUGGAUGAGGCCUUGGAUUUCCCUGUGCACAAGAAAGAACCAUUGCAUGUUACUCUGAAGCUUCGUCAGCAGUUCAAGACUAUUUGACAUCACAAACUGAAGUAAUUAUUAUAUAAAUGGUAAUUAAAUAAAAUAAGAUGUGCUGCGUUUACAUCUUAAAAUAAUGCGUUUGAAUUUAUCUUAAGAAUUAUUUUGUUAAAGUAUGUUUUAAAUGUGGUAACUUAUAAAUCAG